AUGAAGGUAAAACCAAAACCAAAGAAGAUUGAAGCAGUUACACAAGUCCGCCCUUUCAAGGAUGAAAACUGGUUUGCCAGAUUCCUUGUAAUGUUUUCCACUGUCUUUCUUUCUCCAUUAGACUACCUUCUUUUUUUUUUUUUGACUUUUUCCCUCUGUUAUCGCCUUUUCACCUCCAAGUUUCUCUUUGUAUUUUAUUCCCUCUGUUUCCUGUUACUGAAACUUUUACUCUCCCUCUUCUUUUCCAAUCCUCUCUCCUUUUCUAACUGUUUCUUUUUGAUCUUCCAUUUCCUCUCAGUGACUACCUCCUCCCAUAAUCAUUUGCUCGUCACCUCAUUCCUUAUUUUACUUUUCAACGCUCACUCUUAUUUUGUUAUUUUACUAUCACUCUCAUUCCUAAUUUGCUUUCUUUCACAGUUAAUGUUUUCCAUCUUUCCCAACGUCUGUUCUUUAUCAAAUCACUUCUAG